AUGUUUAUGUCGGGAUUUUUUAUUCUAUCAUCUGAUAUAUCAACUAGAAUGACACCUCAAGAAGAGAGGGAGAGUUCUCGGGGGGCAGAGAUUGCGGAUGCCUUUGAGGACGACAUGUUUGGCCCGCCGCGCACCGAGCCGGCUGCCAGGCCCAAGCUCUCUAUGAUCUCCGCCCGACUCCGCGCUAAUGAAGAACGCAAACGAGUCAUCGAAAUUUGCUCACAAAAACUAGAAAACAUUGAGGAUCCUGCGCGAGAUUUACGUCGUUCAGUUUGCAUAAACAAUACGUACUGUCGUCUAAGUGAAGAGGCACGCAAGGAGAAAGAAGCUAGGAGGCGGCGUGCGAGAGAGGAAUGUGAUGACUCGUGGAUAGGGAAGAAAGCUCGCCGCGCCGUCGAGGACGAGUGCCUCGCGCUGUUAGACGCCAUACCGGAACUAGGUGACGCGAACCUCGGUUGUGCGCAGUUAGCGCGACAGAUGCAGGACGGCUCCCGGCAGGACGUGCUGCUGCCACCUGGGCUUCUCACGGUGCUCGACUCA